AUGGUCUAUGCUUUGCCCGAGUUAUUAGACAUGAGUCAAACAGGAAGAAGAGUGAUUCCUGAAGAAUUGAUGCCUGUCUUACCUGUCAGUAUGCGACAAGCAGCCACUCAAUUAGCUUCUCAACAGCUGAAUUGCUUGAGUCUACUAGAAGCCAUUAUGGAUUUAGCUGGAACGGUGGUAUCCGAAGAUGUGAAAGUGUUGAUGGAUCGAUUGGCUAUUCAAGCACCUGAAUUAUUGAUGAUUGGAUUGGCUCAAAUACAGCCCAUGAAGAAUGAACUUCACCGUACCUUACUGCCUAAACUACUAAACAUCUUUUUUAUUGGUCAUGUUAAUUCAGCACUUGUGAUUCGAUUACUUUGGCAUGUUCAACCUCACUUGUUACUUGAAGGAUUCUUUGACAUGUACAAAAAGGAUCCUACUUGUAUUUCUCGUAUCCUAGAUAUUGCUCAGGAAGCAAAGAUUGUGGUCCAUAUUCUCAAGACAGAUGUGCCCUUCUUUACAUUGGAUUUGGCUUCUCUUGCUGCACGUAGACAAAACCUGAAUUUGGAGAAAUGGUUAAUGGAGAGAUUGGUGAAAGAUGGAUUUGCUUUUUUUGGUACCUGUGUUGAUUUCUUGGAGAAGAAAUGCGCGAUUGAAAUGGCUCGUCAAUCAGGGGCUAAUGUGAUUCCUACUUUACAGCUCUCAAUGGAAGUGAUUCGUAUCUUCUUUCGUGUCUUAUCUGAAAGACCUUUGCCUCCUGCUGAAACAGCCAAAUUGACCAAACUCAGUCAACUCUAUACGCAACUGUAUCCUCAAUUAAACGAUCGUCCCACCAAUGAGGUCAAAAUAGACCCACCAGAGACAGAAGGCCAUUAUUCAGAUGAAGUAGAAGAAAUGGUACGCUUGUAUUUUGAACGCUUAUACACCAAAGACAUCAGCGCGAGUCGAUUUGCUUCUGUUUUGAAAGCCUGUCGUACGUCGAAUGAUCAACGUCAAGUGAAUUUCUUUUCAUGUACCACACAUACACUGCUGGAUGAAGCGCGCUUUUUUAGUCAAUAUCCAGAAAAUGAAUUGAUGGCUGCAGGUGAACUGUUGGGUUUAUUGAUUGACCAACACUUGAUUUCGUUUGCUCAGUUACGUGUCACCCUUAAACUGGUCUUGGAUGCACUCAAACACCCUGUGGGAUCCAAAAUGUUUAAUUUCGGUAUUCAGGCCUUACUUCAGUUCCGUAGUCGAUUGCAUGAAUGGCCUCAAUAUACUCUCUUGUUGUCCAAGAUUGAAGGAUUGCGUGGUUAUCCUGCCAUUGUGGAAAGUAUUGCCACUACUUUGAAACAAUUGGCUCAAAAGGACCCUGAAGACAAGACCAUGUCACCUAAACUGAGUGAGACAACAGCCGAACGAUCAGCAGAAGCAGCACCCAAUGUCACCACCUUGCUCAAAAACACGCAUCAAUACGAAACCCCAGCUGACAAGAUCCAAGAGCGUAUUUCGUUCUUGAUCAACAACUUAUCCGCCAGCAACACAAAGAGUAAAGCGACUGAAUUAAAGCAAAUGUUGCAAACAUCCACUUGGGGAUGGUUUAGUCAUUACCUUGUUGUUCGUCGUGUCAGUAUUGAGCCCAACAACCAUGAAUUGUAUGCAGGUCUUUUGGAUGAAUUGGCCUUGACUGGCUUGACAGAGACAGUGGUCGAGGAGACCUAUACCAAUAUUCACCUGUUGCUUCGAUCAGACAGUAUUGCACAUUCCUCUUCAGACCGUAACUUGCUCAAGAAUUUGGGUACUUGGCUAGGUCGAUUGACACUGGCUAAAAACAAGCCUAUUCGUCAUAAGGAUAUCUCCUUGAAGGACUUGUUGGUCUCUGCUUAUGAGAAACAACAAUUGGUCGUGGCUAUUCCUCUUGUCUGUAAAGUAUUACAACAUACUGCUCAUAGUAAGAUCUUUAAGCCGCCAAACCCUUGGUUGAUGAGCCAUUUGAAAGUACUGGCUGAACUCUAUUGGACUGAAGGACUCAAAUUGAACCUCAAGUUUGAAAUUGAAUUGUUGUUUAAGGGUUUACAUCUUGACUUGAAUGAAAUUGAACCUACAAAUGUGCUAAAUAAACUCAGUACCACCACCACCACCACCGCCACAACCACAACCACCACCACCACAGCAGCAGCAGCAGCAGCAGCAGUUCCUCCUCCUGGUAUGGAGAAAGUAGCUUCGUCACCUGCUACUUCACAAAAAUCCAUCAAAAUGCCAGAAGAGCCUGUUCCGUUACCGAUUGAUGUCACACCUAUCCUGGCCAAACUUCAGAUCAACCCUGCUGUGGGUCAACUGAUGGUCCAACAUCCUUUGAUCAAAUCCACCGUGUAUGCAGGUAUCUCUGAAGCCUUUACAGAAGUAGUGCCUCCUAUCUUGAUGACAUCAGCCAAUAUUGCUGCUGUCUCUACUAAGGAAAUGGUCCUUAAGGACUUUGCUACUGAACCUGAUCAUCUCCGUCUUCAACGUGCUGCUCAUGCCAUGGUCCAACCCUUGGCUUGUAGUCUGACUGUCGUGAGUUGUAAAGAACCUUUGUGUAGCACUAUGAUCUCGAUCAUCUCACUUCACUUGGUUCAGAAGGGAGGUCUUCCUGAACCUUUGGCUGAAGAAAUUGCUUCUACAGUAGCGAAUGAAAACCUUGAACUGUUAUGUGUCUUUAUUGAUCAAUUGGCCAAGACAAAAGCACUGGAAGAUGUGGACCGUCUUUUGGCACCUGCUUAUGCUAGCCGUGUGGCCUAUCGCAAGCAGCCUCAAACACAACCGUUUUUUGAUGUCUUGAGCCUGAAUGGUGCUCCUCAUUCGAUUCCAUUGCCUGAGAUGCUGAAACCCAUGCGUGGUGUAUCUCCUGAACAGUUUCGGUUGUAUGAGAACUUUGAUCAGCGUUCUUUGGCUGCUAUGCAACAACAGCAACAAAUGCAACAACAACAGCAACAAAUGCAACAUUUGCAACAACUUCAACAACAGCUUUCUCCUGCUCAUUUCCAUCCUGAAAUUCAUCGUCUUCAACAGCCACUUAUGUUAGCUCCACCCCCACCACCACCACCACCUUUUGUGGGCAAUGAGUCCCCCAGUCCAGUCAUGGCCAAUAACAUGAGCCUAUUGAAUGCUAAGCUUGAACAAAUGCUGCUUGAAUUAGACCGUAUGGUGCGUCAAUGCAACAUGACUGUCAUGACUCAAUUGCCACCUAACCACGAUAUCUGUCUUUUGAUUCGUCAAAUCCCCUUAAUGGUCUCCCAAAGUCCUCAUCCUUUACAGACCUUGAUUACCUUUGUUGAAAAAGUAGUGUUGAUGCUCUAUCAAAGUAACUCUACCUUUGGACUUGAAGUCUAUACCAUGUUUCUCCAAUCUCUUUUCGAAAUCUCGGGUGAAGUGACUAAAGAAACCUUGUCUUGGCUGAUUUAUGCAGAUGAUGAACGUAAAUACAAUGCUCCUGCUGUCUCAAUGUUGAUUCGGUAUGAAUUGUUGCCUUUGGAAGAAUACGAUGUCCAACUGGCAAAAUUGAUUCAUGCGAAAGCGGACAGUGUGAUUGAAUUCACAGCCAGUUUGAUGCGUCUCUGUCUGUUGUCACAACAGCCAAUUACGUUCUUGGAUGACCAUGUCUUGACGCUCUCUGCUUUACAAGCCUUGGUCAAGAACGAUGAAGCACUGCCUAGUGUGGUUCGCCUGUUAGAUGAUCUGGCUCAAUCGAUUCAACAGCCCUACCCUGACAUGAGCAAGAAAGUCAAUUGUCUAGAGAUGCGUAUGGUCUUGGCUGAAUGGGUGCGGUUAUGCCAGCAUCCCAUGGCGACAGAAGAGAUCUUUACUGCCCUGGUUCAGCGUGUGAUGCAAUUGACCGAAGACCAAGAUCACCGAUGCUUCUUUUUCAGGUUGUGUACAGAGACGUGUGUGAAUCAUUAUCUGGCUUUGCGGUCUGUCAGUACACUUCAUCAUCGUCGUAUGAUUCAUUUGAUUGAUUCGUUUACCAGGUUGAUCUGUGCCAUGGUAGUCGAAGAAAAGAACGACAAGGCCAAGAUCAAGUUGUUGAAUGAUGCUUUGUCUGUGAUGAUUUUGGUCUUGUCGCAUCAUCAUGAAAACCGCGGUAUUGGGUUCAAUCAAAAGCCAUUCUUGAGGUUGUUUUCUUCCCUGUUUAACGAAAUCAGCAAGAUGCGUACAAAGUCCAUUGAUGCCCAUGCCUUGAUUACUUAUAGCGAUGCUUUGUAUACAUUGCAACCCAACCAUUUCCCUGGGUUUGCAUUCAGUUGGCUUCAGUUGAUUUCAUGCCGUUCUUUCUUGCCUCAGUUAUUCAUCACUCAGGAUAGUCAUGGUACUCGCUUAUGCCAAAAGCUGAUUCAUGCUCUCCUCCAGUUCUUGGGUCCACUCUUAAAAGGACAAGGAUUACCCAAUGCGACAAAAAUGUUCUAUCGCGGUACUUUACGUGUCUUGGUUGUGUUGUUGCAUGAUUUCCCUGAAUUUUUAUGCCACAAUUACACUUUGUUUGCUCAAGCCAUUCCUCAUAGCUGUGUUCAAUUACGCAACUUGAUCUUGAGUGCUUUCCCUCGCACCAUGCAUUUGCCUGAUCCAUUUACGCCUGACUUGACAUUGGAUCAGUUACCAGAGUGUUUAGAGACACCUUUGUUUGAUCAAAGUUAUGCUGAUAUCUUGGCCCACGAUGGGUUUAAGCAGCACACGGAUGCGUUUGUGGCCAACAAAGACACGGACGUAUUCUUUAAGGUAUUAGAAGCACAGAUCGAGAGACAUAAGCACAAAGAGAACCAUGCUGAUAUGCUCUGUGCAUUUGUGUUGUAUAUUGGUACCUUGGAGCAGACAACAGACAUGAGUGCUAGUCCUGCUUUACUUGCCUAUACACAUCUCUUGUCUUUGUUGGAGUCUGAAGGUCGUUAUAUUGUACUGAGUGCCAUUGCAGACCAUUUACGUUAUCCCAACAAACACACUUGUUUCUUUCAUAACGCUUUACUUUACUUGUUCUCUCAUCAACCUGAACCUGUCAAGGAACAAGUCACGCGUGUCUUGUUGGAACGCUUGAUUGUCAAUCGACCUCAUCCUUGGGGUUUAUUGGCUACGUUUAUUACACUCAUCAAAGAUCCUCGCUUCUGGGACCAUGAAUUCAUUCGUUGUUCGCCUGAUAUUGAACGUUUGUUUGAUAAUGUCUCUAGGUAA